AUGCUGAAGUUCGUGAUCUUGUUGUCUGCAGUAGCCUGCGCCCUGGGAGGCACCGUCCCCGAGGGACUCCUGCCCCAGUUGGAUGGCCGCAUUGUCGGUGGCUCUGCUACCACCAUCAGCAGCUUCCCCUGGCAGGUAUCCCUGCAGCGCAGUGGAAGCCACUCCUGCGGUGGAUCCGUCUACUCCAGCACCGUCAUUGUGACCGCCGCUCACUGCCUGCAGUCCGUGUCCGCUUCCGUCCUGCAGAUCCGUGCUGGAUCCACCUACUGGAGCUCCGGCGGUUCCGUUUUCGCUGUGUCCUCCUUCAAGAACCACGAGGGCUACAACGCCAACACCAUGGUCAACGACAUUGCCAUCAUUAAGAUCAACGGCGCCCUGACCUUCAGCUCCACCAUCAAGUCCAUCUCUCUGGCUAGCUCCAACCCCGCCAACGGCGCUGCUGCCUCCGUCUCCGGAUGGGGCACUCAGUCCUACGGAUCCAGCUCCAUCCCCUCCCAGCUGCAGUUCGUGAACGUGAACAUCGUCGGCAGGAGCGAGUGUGCUUCCAAUACCUACGGAUACGGUAGCGAGAUUCGCAGCUCCAUGAUCUGCGCUGCUGCCAGCGGCAAGGAUGCCUGCCAGGGUGACUCCGGUGGCCCACUGGUCUCCGGCGGAGUCCUCGUCGGUGUUGUCUCCUGGGGAUACGGAUGCGCUUACGCCAACUACCCCGGUGUCUACGCCAGCGUGGCUGACCUCCGCUCCUGGGUUACUAGCAAUGCCUAAGAACUUCGCGAAAUAAAACGAA